AUGCGUUACAUUCUCCUCCUCGUCAUUGUCGUCGUCGCUGCUUACUUCAGUGAAGCGGGUCGACUCGACUGUCCUCCAUCUUCGGAGACGAAGAAUAUGGCAACCUAUUCUUGGAGGCAAGCCUACUGGACUGGUCAGGACACGACCUUCCUAGACUUUUUCAAGUCCGACGUGUCGAAGGAGUACAACCGUGGUGAUGUUUACCUCAACGUGGCCGAUGCCUCCAACGUGGGCAAGAUUAUCCACCCUGAGAGACUGGCCGAGCUCAUCGCCAACUUCCGCAAGGUCAGCGGAAACUCUGCAAGGUUCUAUCUUUUCUAUGCUCAAGGUGGUGGCGACGAUAAGAAAUGGGCCCCCGAUUUCGUUCGUGUCUUUAACGAGUUCAUCCUCAAGUACGCACCCUGA